UUAAUCAAGGACAAAAACGUUUUUUAUUCUUCCUUCGCGCAGUAUUUUUUCCCGAAUUUUGCAAAUAAAAAGUAGAAAGCAAAUUUCGCGGUAUAAAAUGACCGAGAAUGUCAAUUCAUCUGGAGAUUCGGCAAUAAAAAGCGAAGAUAAAGAAGAAGUGACAGUUAUUCAGGAAGGACAGGCAAAAGUAGGUUUCCAUGGACCAGUUUUCUAUAAUCCAGUUCAGGAGUUUAAUCGCGAUUUGACAGUAACAGUUCUUCGUCAAUUUUCUGCUGAUCAUCAAAAAUGGGCAGAGGAACAGAAGCAAUUGAAAACAGAAGAAGAACCUCCGAAAAAGAAAAAUAAAUUGGCUAUCAAUGAAGAUGGCAAAAUCCGAAUUCUCGAUGCGCUUUCUGCUUCGGGACUGCGAGCAUUGCGUUUUUCGAAAGAAGUUCCCAAUGUGGGAUUCAUUAUGGCAAAUGAUUUCUCCGAUAACGCAGUUGCUUCAAUUCAAGAAAAUGUGAAAUUGAAUGGAGUCGAGGAUAUAGUUGAAGCACAUUUCGGAGAUGCAGUUAUGACAAUGAUGGAACAUCGCGGUAUUGAUAAACGAUUCCAUGCUGUUGACCUGGAUCCAUAUGGAACUGCUUCCACAUUUCUAGACUCGGCAGUCCAAUGUGUCGCUGAUCGUGGAAUUCUGAUGGUUACGUGCACUGACAUGGCUGUUUUAUGCGGAAACACUCCAGAAGCAUGCUACAACAAAUACGAUGCAGUUACCACUAGAAUGAAGUGUUGUCAUGAAGUUGGACUUCGGAUUUUACUUCGAGCAAUUGAUUCUGCAGCCAAUCGUUAUACAAGAUAUAUUGAGCCAUUGGUGUCGAUUUCCGUUGAUUUUUACGUUCGAGUUUUUGUCAGGGUACACACAGGAGCUUUUCAAGCGAAGCAGAGUGGAACGAAAGUCGGAACUGUGCUUGUAUGCUCUGGAUGUCAUUCAAUGGAGCCAUUAGUACUGCUUAAACGAGGAGAAGGAAAUCAACAAAGCAAAUAUUCAAUUCCAACAGUCCGUCAUUCAAUCUCUGGUCCAGGCAAUCGAUGCAUCCAUUGCUUACUUCCACUCCACCAAAUUGGUCCAAUUUAUCUUGCUCCAAUUCACAGCAAACCGUUCGUCACUUCCCUUCUGGAACGUCUGAAAUCUACUCCUGAAGCUGAAAGACUUGGAACUCACGGACGUCUUCAAGGUGUUCUUACGAUGGUCAAUGAAGAACUGGAUGAUGUUUUAUAUUAUGAGCACAACCAAAUGGCGAAUGUUGUGAAAGUUUCCGUUCCAAAAUCUCAAAGUGUGAGAUCUGCGAUUUUAAAUGCCGGUUUCAAAGUUUCUGGAUCUCACUGUAAUCCCCGUGCAAUCAAAACAAAUGCUCCGAUGCACUUGCUAUGGGAUAUUUAUAGACAAGUUGCUAAAGACACAAGUGUGGAUCGCGAGAAGCGUCUGGCCAAAGAAUCAGCAGGAUAUCACAUUCUCGGACAACCCAUCACCAACACAGUCAACUUCACUCUUCACCCAGGAGCCAUCGAACAGGCCAAGAAAGAGAACCUUGUACGGUUCCAAUGCAAUAAAGGGAAGAAUUGGGGCCCUCGCCAGAAAGCAAAAGGAUCAGUGAACUCGACGAAGGCAGGAUUUCAAUUGACCGAGCACAAGGAAUAAUUUUUAAUUUUUAAAAUUGUUUUUUUAUGAGCGUAUUUUAUUUUUCAAGUUAUAUUGUUGUGUUUUUUGUUGUUGCAGUUUGGAUAAAUAUAUCCUCUUCUU